CCCCGGUGAUGCCGGGGGAAAAAAUAUAAACGCAUUUUAUUAUGACUGUUCCUUUAACAUCGCUUUGCUUUGAAUACAUGUGCGGGUGUUUCAAGUCUUGCACGUGAAAGUGCGCCAAGACGCGCCGCGUCUAGCAGCAAAAACUAACUGUAGGGUAUCGCACACCAUACGUGUCGCUUUCAGUUCAAAACAGCAGCCCAAAACCGUUAAAUUUAAACCAAACAUGCAAAAGUUCGCUUCAAGAAUGAAGAAAAAGAGAGAAAAAAAAAAAGUGGCGUUGAUGAGUUUGCCCUACUUUAGGGGCUCCGUAGCUGUCUGACUCGCGAACGGGAGCAUGGUUUGUGUAACAUUAGCAACACAUUAUUAGCUGUUUGAUAAUGUGGUCAAGCAAAAGGCUAAUCAUAUUAAUUACCGUUACGUGUCUGGCGUUGUAAAAAGCGAUACCAUUGUGCAGCGUUUACCUCGGUAAGUUGAGUAAAAUUUGACAGAGUGGAUCUCUUGAGCUCGUGCGAGUGAGUGGAGGCGGGGCUAAUUAACAUAUUAAUAGAUCCGCUUAUAAUAAAUGAGGCAAGGGUGUAGAGUUACAUUCUAGCUAUUUUAAGGCAUGAUUUUUUUUUUUUUUUUUUUUUUUUUUUUUCACAGGAAUAAAUGUUUAAAUGUGUCAUUUUGGUGAGUUUUAAGGGAAAAAUUAUUGACUUAUAUUAAAAUAUUGGUAAAAUCCCCAUUCUUCCAUUUGUGCUAAUUUAUAGUUCCAAUUACUUUACUGCUAUACCAAAAUGUUUAGUAGUAUCUACAGAGUACAUACUCUUGUCCAAACUUAUUUGGUAAAUAUUUCAUAAAUAUCCAGCUUUCUUACAAAAUCUUUUAUAACCUAAUAAUGCGUAGUCUAAGUGGAUUUACACACAAAUAAAUUUAACUUUACUGUAAAUUUGAACUAUGCCAGGUUUGUCUUAUGAAGUGCAAGUUAUGAAGUUGUAAUCAUCACAUAGAGCAGGUAAAGAGACCAGUAGAGGGUGAUGUGUAUUAAUGGGGAUUUUGUAGAAGGGCUGAUGCUGCAUCAGACGACUUCACGUGUCUGUGCAUGUCAUUUUUGUGUGAUGCCUCCUACGUGAAGUCAUGACAAAAUGAGGAAACAGAUAUGAGCACAGACAGCAUUCAGCUGUGUUGGUUAAUAGCCAAACAAGGCGUUAAUCAUUAUGUGCUGUCUGCUGGGGAAGUCUCCAAACCUUCUUAUCAGUCUCAAAGUAUAGACCUGCAAGAUGUCGAAUCACUCUGUGGAGGGGAUUUACCUCAGCUCUCACAUGGAGAACAUCCUGUUCUCAGCCUUCUACAUUGUCAUCUUCAUCCUCUCGGUCCCGAGCAACGCCUUGGCACUUUGGGUGUUCUGCCACAACACCAACAACACCCCUUCCAAAGUGUUUCUGAAGCACCUGGCUAUAGCGGACAUGUCUUACGUCUUGGUGCUCCCCAUGCGAGUGAUCUACCACAUGUCAGACGGUCACUGGCCUCUUGGUGAAGGGGCUUGUCGCGUGGUGGGUUUUCUGUUCUUUGUCAACCUCUACUGCAGUGUGUACUUUAUAACCUGCAUCAGUGUAGACCGUCUGUUGGCUUGCGUCUUACCACACAAAGCUCAUAAUCUGAGAAAGGCCAAGUAUGCCAAAGUGGUCUGUGCGAUCCUGUGGGUCAUGGUGACCAUUUCCAUGGUGCCUGUCCUGUUCUCUAAAACACAAGCGACUAGACAAUGGCAGAAUGUCACAGUGUGCGAACAGCUGUACAUAGAGAAGUCCUCUAAUCCCACCGGCGCUGUGGUGUCCACUGCAAUUGCAUUCAUGAUACCUCUGGUCACCCUGAGUGUUUCGUACAUUCUCAUAUUUUUCAAAGUCAAACAAAUGACUUUUCAAGAAAGAAUGCCUGCUCAGCACAAGGCAAUGAGAAUGAUCGUACUUACAGUGGUUAACUUCUUGAUUGCAUUUGUGCCCUAUCAUAUCCACCGAUUUUUCUUUAUCAUGCAGCAUGAUGACAUGUCAAGGUCAGAAUCCGAAAGACAAAUGCUGCAUUUGGGAAAUCGAAUCACUUCAGCUUUAACAUGCAUGAGUGGCGUGCUGGAUCCUGUCAUGUACUUCUUUCUGGCUAGAAAUUACCAAGCGACCCUGCUGCAGCUCUGUGGUAGAAACGCCAGCGAUGAGCAAUCCACCGCGUGAUCAGAUGAGAAAGCCCACGGUAUCUUGUCAGCUGUUAACUACCAGGCAUAAUAAAGCUCGGUAUCUGUAAAACAAAUUUUUAAAAUUAAAAUAGUAGAAGUGGAAAAAGUAUGGCUGAUAAUAAUUAAUGAUCAUGACAUUCAGAACCAUUCACAUUAAUUCAGAAACUCAAUCACGAUGUGCAGUAUGAGUCAUCAAGUGUGAAACUACCAUUUCCAGAAUGCAAGAUGACAAUAUCUCAUAUGACAUAUACAUAUGACAAUGACAUGGUUAUCUUUGUUUAUUUAACUUUUUUCAAACAUUUUUCAUGUAUCAAUAUUUAAUUUAUCAUAUAUCAUUUUUGUAUAGGCCCUAUAGCUACUUUUAGAUGUUCAGAUCUGAAUAAAAUGUUUUCAAAAUCUCAUCUUUUAAUGUCUUUGCAAACACAUUUUAAAAACCAUUGUUGCAGUGUUUGUUUCUUUGAGGUUGUUAUUAUUAGUAUUAUUUCAUUUGAAUUUAAAAAAUUUAUUUUAAUUGCAUUACAUGGUUGAUUGUUCCAUGUAUAUUUUGACCAUUUCAUUUCCAGUUUUGAAAAGAAUAGCAGGAAAUUAAAAGAUGGCUUUUUUCUGGGUUUGUUUAAAAAAUUACAGCUCAGUAUUAAGCGCCACUUUCAUCUGAUUGGUUAAAAUGUCUUACAUGACAUCAUGAAGAGUUGGCACAUCACUGCCAAUGUGUUUACGCUUUAAUAAAACAUUGUCACAAAAUAUUUGUAAACCACAAACAAAAAGAGGUUAUUUCUUUAUUCCUAUGAUUAAAACGUACACUAACAUUAAUGUUUUUGUUUGGUUGUUUAAAAUGCAGGUCACAAAGUCAUAAAAUUAAACUUAGCCUACCUGAAUUGUGCAUAUUGUGCUAAAUAGUAUACUAUUUAGUAUACAUAUAUUUAGUAUAUUUAUACAUAUAUAUUUAGUAUAUUAUAUAUAUACAUAAAUAUUUAGUAUACAUAUAUGUUAGAUUUGAAUAAGUGUGUCCCAAAGCAUGGCAUGUUGAAAAGAGCAUGCAAAAAGUCCCCGGAUGGUCUACAUUUACCGGUAGAUUUUUGAAGUGUGGAUUCGUGUACACUGACUAAUACUGCCUACAUCCCAUUGCGCUUUGGAGGAGGAUUCAGUU